GAGGGGAAGUGAGGCGAGCGCAGCGUCCGCGGAGGAGCGCGGUGGGGCGGCAGGGGCCGCCGGCCGCCGGCCGCCGCGGGGCCCCCUCGGCCGGCCUGGUAUGUACCACUGGCUGCUCCACGCACUCCGAGCCCUCUUCGGAACCCCGCGCCGCCACGCCCGCCUCCCGCCCCGCAAGAGGACCCUGCCCCGGACUGAACGUAUUCGGUCCUCUAUAAGUGACUCUGACGAGAUUCAAGCCAAAAGACCAAAAUUAGACUAUUUCAUUGGCCAAGUGAAGAAGACCGUAUGGGAUGUUGCCAAUUUGAUAAGGUCAUCACCAUCCCAGUCCAAGUGUUUAGCGACUUCAGUCUGUAAUGGAACACAAAGUGGGAAUUCUGAUGAAAAGGUGUUCCCCAACUCUUCAAACUCUUCAUCGAAUGGACCGGGCCGUCAAAUGGAUCCUCGACCUUGGAGUGACACGCAGAAAUUGGAUAAGAAAACACCUAAUGGAGCCAGCAAUUGUACAGAUAAAAUGUUCCAAGAUUCAAGAUCUGCAAGAUUUGUGCCUCUCCUCAGCUUUCCUCUGAACCAGGGAGCUUGUAACCCAAGUUCAAAUGGCAGUCGGCAUAACAGAUACCUUCCAGCGAGCUUCUUACCGUGGAAACGGCCCAUUCGUGAGUGUGGGACAUCAGAACCGUAUUCUUCUGAAACCGGCAAAACUCUCAGAAGACCACACUACACCGUGGAAGAGGGUGUUCAGAGAGAGGAACGAGAAAAGUACAGAAAACUUUUACAGCGACUUAAAGAAGGAUGCCCGGGAAACCAUUCCACUCCUAUUACUGGAAAGCAUUGCAGUCCUCGGCAGUAUCCCAAGGAAGCAUUAAGUAGCAGUGGCUGGGGAGAAGAUCGCUACCAUGGAAUGAGAACAAACCAGUUCCUUCCAAAGCAGUAUAGAGGGGCCGAAACACGGGGCCCGGUUCGUGCUGGGAGAAACGAAAAAAGAUAUCUGAAGGGAAAAAUUCCUGAACCUGAAAAAUCAAUUGGACAGAGAUUAGAAAAUGAAGGCAGGAGGGGACAACCGGCGGAGUCCGACCUUUCGGAGGAGGUUUCGGUCCGGCUGUGCCUAGACAGUGGAAGCUCUUCGCUCUGGAGGAGACCAUCUGUAGUGGAGAUGAAGGACCAGAUUUGCCCAGGCCCCGAAAAGGGAAAGAGCACAGAGGAGCUCCCCAAACUCACCGUGGACAUGGAAAAAGACAUAAGUCGUGCACUAGGUCACGGUCCGAAGGAUGAGGUCUUAAGCAGUGCUUUCAAAUUGCGAAUUACCCGUGAGGAUAUCCAGACCCUGAAGAAUCAUCACUGGCUUAAUGAUGAAGUCAUUAAUUUUUACAUGAAUCUUCUGAUGGAAAGAAAUAAGAAGCAAGGUUUUCCAGUGCUGUUCGCCUUCAGUACUUUCUUCUACCCUAAAUUUACUUCUGGAGGUUACCAAGCAGUAAAAAGAUGGACCAAAGCAGUGGAUCUCUUUGAACAAGAACUCAUCCUUGUACCCAUUCACCUGAGGGUACAUUGGAGCUUAGUGGUGAUUGACCUGAGGAAAAAGACCAUCCGAUAUCUGGAUUCUAUGGGACAAAAAGGCCAUCGGGUGUGUGAGACUUUGUUCCAAUAUCUCCAAGAGGAAAGCAAAACCAAAAGAAAUAUAGCUCUGGAUCCAUCGGAAUGGACUCUCUACAGCAUGAAAUCACAUGAAAUUCCUCAGCAGUUGAAUGGAAGUGACUGUGGGAUGUUUGUCUGUAAAUAUGCGGAUUAUUUGUCCAGGGACAAACCUAUCACUUUUUCUCAGCUUCAGAUGCCUCAUUUCCGGAAGAGGAUGGUGUGGGAGAUCCUUUAUCAGCAAUUGCUCUGAGCAAGAGUGCCUGCGUUUUCGCCAGCUCCUCGGAAUGCUCCAUGGACACGUUCCUAUAUACCUCAUGGGUUAAAGCCCCAGUGUAGUUUCAGUUCUCCUGUAGGUACCGAGCUGUCAGCUGCACGAAGGACUCCAAGUGAUUCUUUUCAACUCAUUUCGAGCGUGCAGAGGGCCACCGAACGGGCCCGUCGGGAUUCCGGACCCGUUUCCGGCGUAUUCCUGUGCUUAACACACAUUGGAAUCGUAAUUUAUUGAACGUCUCUCCAGAGGUUUAUAGUCCCCCUUUGAGAAUGCAAGAAAUGCAGAGUCUGUAGUGCGGAUGAGUGUAUGUUUUGAGUCUCGCGUUCGAGGGCCGGGCGAUGGAAAACCAUCCCUGCCCACGGAAAGAAAGCCCCAACCCAAUGCAUCCGUUGCAACUAUUUAUUUCUGAAAGGAAUGUAAGCUAGCUGCUCCCUUCUACUAGGUCAGGCAGGUGAACAGUAUAGAUUUUUGUUCGUUUUUUAAUUUAUGAAACACUGACCGUUUCCUCGAAGCUACGGCUCCUCCGAUCGAGAGGAGCGAUCGUUCAGCGAGCGGCGUUCACGAGGUCCGUGAUGACGUUCGUCGACCUGCCGGACGCCCGGCUGAUUUUUCACUACAUUUGUCGGCCACGGGGAGGUGGGGAGGAGGAGGACUGUCAGUGGGCACACCCCGUCGUGUCGACGCCGCACCCCCUAAGUCGACGAGGUAGACGUCACUCCCCGGUUAGCGAGAAUCCUCCAGAGAACCGGUUCCCCUGAUCUGGAAAUGGUACGUUCGGGCUUAACUCCUGUAACUGGAUUCGUAGCGACUGUAGGCGUAGGGAUUCGCUGCCAUUUAACGUCCGCUUCGGUGAGAACCUUUUCGAGUUUAAAGGUCGACAGGAGCGACUUAGGUCGCGGCAGAUGAUCCGGUGUAAAACUCCUAGUGGUCCGUCUCGAUAAAAAUGAAAUGAGGUUUCGUUAUUCACCUGCAUUAUUAUUAUUAUUAUUUUUUAAUUAUCGCCCCCCUCCCUCGGCCGAAAUCGGGGGGACAAAAUUUUCAUGGGAGUUUGGGAUUGCUGGUUCCAAAAAUAAUAUAUUUUGUGUAUCAAAGUGUGUAUUCAACUCAUUUUUUAAAAUUAAAGAAAAAACCGAAAAGA